AUGUCUUCCUUGAGCAGCAAAUUCUCCGCGGCUGAGACAUGCGUCUUCUGGGACCUGGAUGGUUGCCCAAUCCCUACUGGUCUCAGUCCUGUUUCGAUCUCUGCUAAUAUCAGACUAGCUCUCGAGAAUAUGGGUUAUACUGGCAAGAUGUCGAUCUCUGCUUAUUCUGCUGUGAAGCAGAACGAAGAAGUAGAGUUUGAAUCCGCCCAAAUCAAGCUUAUUUACAAGGAAACUAGUCAAGAAAAAGGUAGAACGAUGUACUUGGACGUUAUGUUUUGGGGAAUAAGGCAUCGUAAUGAACCAACAAAUGUGAUGGUAAUCUUAAAAGACCUCUCGCCAAGAACUAGCUACGGUGGGGGGCUUGUUAUUUUGAAAGAGAAUGACAACAAUCCUCUCUUAGCGUACCCACGAAACGAUCCAGGAGUGCUGCAUCUGCGUGAUACCGCAACUUCAACAUGGCUUUGGGAAAGCCUAUCAACUGGAGGGAGCCCUCUCGAUGGCCACAACAUGAGACCAGAACCAGUUACGCCGCCGUCUCCACCUUGUUCUGCUUGCAGCAGAAGGGCACUACGUCUUGCUAAUAAGCGUAAGAAACGUCCGACCAAACCUUGUCUCAAAAGGUGGAAGAGGAGCCAAGUUUUUAGAUCAAAGUUUUGGUUCUUACUUGCCGGUUUAUGA